CUGAACCAUUUCUUACAUCACGCUACUUGUGUUAAAGCCCAAAAAAGGGAAAGAACAUAAUUUCCCUUGAAGAAACUGCUGGAUUCCCUUCACUCUCUUGGCAAUGCUAACAAGAUUUCCUUUAUCAGUAUUAAUAUCACUCUCAUUAACACUCAGGUACCUUGCGUGUGUGUGUGUGUGUUUGUUUGUUGAGACUUAGUGGUGUCCUCGUUAAGGCUUCGAAGAAUUUACGAUGAGAAACGAAGUACUGGCUUUGCCAUGUCUCUUGUUGCUGCAUUGUUAUGUAGUCCUGACAAUGGAGACUAUAACGCAAGAGAAAGCAGAGGCUGCUAUCCCAGUGACAACAUUGUCACCUCCAGAGGGAAACACAACUUUUCUUGCUGGAACCUCAUGGUGUGUAGCCCUUUCAGGUGUCUCUCAAAUUGAUUUACAGAACGCGUUAGACUGGGCCUGUGGUCUAGGCAUGGCAGAUUGUAAACCAAUCCAACAGGGUGGAGCGUGUUUCGAUCCUGACACCCUUGUGUCUCAUGCCUCCUAUGCUUUCAACAACUAUUACCAACAAAAUGGGAAUUCUGAUAUAGCUUGCAAUUUUGGAGGAACUGCUACUCUAACCAACAUUGAUCCCAGUCAUGGAAAAUGUAACUUUGCUUCACCUGGAUCUGUCGGGUCGUCAGCACCUUCUUCACUCAAGUGCAAAACAAGCUUUAUAUGGGUGAAGUUUGCUGGGAUUUUGCUGCUUUUGUACUUGAGAAGAUAAUUAUUGGUCGGUCAAGUUGUGAAUGAAGUGGAUAGUCAAUAUUGACUAUGUCCUUUUACCAAACUUUAUGUUAUGGGAAGCCAUAAGAUUAUGGUAUUCUCUGUAUUUUGCUAAGAUUAGUACUUUGUAAUUGGGUUUACAAAGAUAUUAUUCAUAUCUUUGCUUAUGGGUUAGGAAUCUAAUUUUGUUUAUGCAAUCAAAUCUUCUCUUUUUGUC